AUGAUCGAAAACUUGAUCUACAAGGGCGCCACAAUCUACAGCGGAGAUCGAUUGGCUAGAACAAUCACGGAAAUACUCAUCUCACGGGAUGACGUAAAUAGUAUACGGUUCGUCCAUAUUUACAAGAAAAACCUUCUAGAGCACGAUCUGGUUAAUCAGGAAUUUCCUUUGACUUUGGCAAUAAGCCAUCAGGCUAGGAAUUGUAUCGAUUACAUCCUCAGCCAAAACCCAAAAGUCGAGUCAUUUCUAAUCAACAGAAAAUUCAGCUGCCCCAUUUCAGUGGCUAUAAGAAGAAACGACAUCGAAACCAUAAGGGCUCUAGUAGAGCUAGACAGAUUCCAGCACAUUGUCAACACAAAAGUGCAAAAAUCUCUUUUUUAUAUCCAUCUAGCAGUGGAAAAAAACCGCCAUGAAAUUGCCGACAUUCUACUAUACCACGGAGCACACGUAAAUCUACAGGACAAUAAUGGAAACACGCCCGCACACUUCGUGAACGAUAUACCUACGUUAAGGGUAUUGAUUUCUCACGGAGCCCGCCUGGAACUUGGAAAUCGUAACAACGAAACUCCAAUCAUGGCCGCAGAAAAAGAUGGCAGGAAUGCCGUCUAUCAAUAUUUACGCCUCUACAAUCAUGAAAAUAGGAAAAAGGUCUAUAAAACACUCGACACUAGAUUUUAUUACAAUAAUUCUGACAGAAUCGAGAAAGCGAUAGCAGCCAUGAACAUAAUGUCGGACGAGACCUCCCAAAAAGGAAAUUACGAGGAUAUGCCAGACUUGGAAGAAAUACCGCCAAUUAAGCACAUCCCUAUUCCGCCACGAAAGGAGUACGAUUCCGCCAGUACGAUUCCGGAGUACGAUUCCGCCACGAGUAAGGAAAAUACCAGCGAAAGUGAUUAUCAGCAGCAGCGAAACAGUAGUGUUUCAAACAGAAAGGAGAUUUAUUAA